AGAUUCGCCAUGGAGAGCCCCGGGGACGGCGAGGCCGAGCGCUGGCGCCCCACCCCACAGAGCCUCUUCUUCGUGUUCAACGCCUCGCGCGUGCGGGCCGGGCUGGGCCGGGCCGAGCUGAGCCGCGCCGAGCUGAGGAUGCUGCGCCAGGGGACACCGGGGACAGCGCCGGGGACAGCGGGGACAGCCACGACAGCCCUGGGGACCGAGCAGAGAGUCGAGCUCUACCAGGGCUUCGGGAACUCCUCCUGGCGUUACCUCCAGGGCCGUUCCGUCCGUGUCACGGCCGAGGACGAGUGGCUCUGGUUCGACGUCACCGACACCGUCCAGCAGUGGCUGCACAGCUCCGAGCCGCUGGGGCUGUUCCGGCUCAGUGUUCACUGCCCCUGCGAGCACGGCGCCGGCGCCGAGCCCACCCUGAGGAUCAGCAUCGAAGGGUUCGAGCAGCCCCGUGGGGACAUGCAGAGCAUCGCGCGCCGGCACCGCCGCGUCCCGCACGUCCUGGCCAUGGCACUGCCGGCCGAGCGCGCCCAGGCCCUGCACGGACACCGCCAGCGGCGUGGGCUGGACGGACAGACCUGCGGGGGGCCGGGGGAGCAGAGCUGCUGCGUGCGGCCGCUGUACAUCGACUUCCGCCGGGACCUGCAGUGGAAAUGGAUCCACGAGCCCCGUGGCUACAUGGCCAACUUCUGCGGGGGGCCCUGCCCUUACAUCUGGAGCGCCGACACGCACCACAGCACGGUGCUGGCGCUCUACAACCUGCACAACCCCGGCGGCUCGGCGGCGCCGUGCUGUGUCCCGCAGAGCCUGGAGCCGCUGCCCAUCGUUUACUACGUGGGGCGUAAGGCGCGCGUGGAGCAGCUCUCGGGGAUGGUGGUCAGCGCCUGCACCUGCAGCUGACCCCAAAACCCUCGGUUCUCGCCCCAAAAUCCCCCCGGGACUGCCAAAAAACGUUAUUUAAUUUC